ACAGUUUUUUCACCAUCUUGUGAAAUCGCUAGUUGACAACCUUAUCAUCUCAUAACUCUGUGCUGUUUGCGAUGCCGGGCGAGCACGCACAACAAAACAUACGCGUGGCGGUGAGGUGCCGACCGCUUAAUAAGUACGAAUUGGAACGAGGCGCUUUGAGCUGCGUUCACUGUGCUCGCGACAAGGUGACCGUGAGAGAUCGUAAUACAUCCAAGGUGUUCACAUUCGAUCAAGUUUUUAAUGCAUUUUCUAAACAAAUUGAUGUUUAUAACGCAAUGGUUGCUCCGGUAGUCGAGGAAAUACUUAUGGGGUAUAAUUGCACCAUUUUCGCAUAUGGGCAAACCGGAAGCGGCAAGACAUUCACAAUGACCGGGGAGCGGUCUGAUAAGCUGAGAUACGCGUGGGAGGAUGAUCCAUUAGUUGGGAUAAUUCCCAGGGCAUUGAGCCAUUUGUUUCACAACCUUGAACAGAAUGGCUCUGACUUUUCUGUACGUGUUUCUUUUUUGGAAGUUUACAACGAGGAACUUUUUGACUUGCUUUCACUAACGGAAACAAAUCGUCUAACGAUUUAUGACGAUGUCAAUCGCAAAGGUUCCGUUAUCGUGAAAGGUCUUCGUGAAGUUGUUGUUUUGGAUAAGGACAAUGUGCAUUCCGUGAUCGAGCGAGGUCUGGCGAGGCGACAAACGGCUUCCACACUUUUGAAUGCGCAGUCAAGCCGUUCUCACUCUAUAUUCACCGUAACAGUGCACAUCAAGGAAACAAAUCCUAUCUCUGGAGAGGAAUUACUUCGCAUCGGAAAGUUACACCUCGUCGAUCUUGCCGGUAGCGAAAGCAUUGGCAGAUCAGGAGCUAUCGACAAACGUGCGCGAGAGGCUGGUUCCAUCAAUCAAAGCCUUCUAACUCUCGGGCGUGUGAUAACAGCGUUAGUGGACCACACGCCUCAUGUGCCGUAUAGAGAAAGUAAAUUAACACGUCUGCUGCAGGACUCCUUAGGGGGGAGGACGAAGACGUCAAUCAUCGCUACGAUUAGUCCGAGUACUUUGUCUCUUGACGAGACACUCUCCACUCUGGACUACGCUCACAGGGCCAAAAAUAUUGAAAAUAGACCUGAAGUUAAUGUUCGCCUGAACAAGAUCGACCUUGUUAGAAGUUACAAUGAGGAAUUGGAGCGAAUGCGUCGGGACUUGGAGGCCGCUCGUACCAAAAAUGGAAUUUUUGUGGAUUUAGAAAAUUAUCAAACUUUGCAAAAUCAAAUCAAGCAACAGCGUGAGCGAAUUUGUGAGUUGGAAGAACGUCGUGAGAUACAAGAGAACGACAUGGCUCAGCUUCAGGAGAUGUUUACGCUUACCCAAGCAGAGUUGAGCGAAACGCGUGAACGACAGGAAAAGGUCGAAAAUGAGCUGCUUGCUUGUCAAGCUGAUCUGGAAGAGAAACGGCUCCGUUUGGUGAAACUGAAAUUUCGUUUGGAAGAAGAAGAACACUUGCGUCAGCAGCACGAGAAGACUGAGAACCUUCUGCGAGAUCAGGCAACUUCACUGUUGACUACCACUCGUGUUGCCGUGAGUGAUGUAGGUGGACUGCACGACAAAGUGCGCCGCUUGACCGACUUGGAUAAGGAAAACCGCGAGCGAAUCAAACGUUUACCUUCGACUUGGGCGGUUGAACGACUAUCCACACCGACUGCGGACCUCACCGAAGUGUCUCGAAAAGUCGAUGUGUUUUGUCAACAAAUACGUCACGCACUUUCUGACCUCCGAAGUAACACCGAGUCAGCCGUUUAUGAACUGCUGCGGACUCAGAAUGAAUUAAGCGAGAAGCUCGCUUCUUGUCUCGCAACCGAAUGCAUCGACGCGGCAGAACAAACAGACGCCUUCUCCGAGGAGCAGUUGAAGUUAUCUAAGGAGUGCCUUGAAAUCACCCUCCGGCCUCAGUCAAAGCGUAUCACAGCCUUGCACGAGUUACUACAGGCCAAUGCCGGGCACCUUUCUCUCAUACUCGCGCGACACAAUACUGCUGUCAAUUCCUCGCACGAGCGAAUCACUUCCUUGAUCGAUGAUUUCGUGGAGCUCUCCAAGCAGUUGGCUGCUUCUAUAGCGAUCGAACGAAAACGCAACACGGAAGCACGUCAAUUCUGGGAACAUAGUUGCGCUCGUCAGGCUGCUCUAUCCCAAACUCUUCGGUCAACACUGGAUCGCAUGGACGAGCAUAAUAAGGAGACGGGCGAAUUUAUCGAAAAUAAUUUUGCAAUAGAAGGCGCGCAGCUGAGCAAGUGGCAAGAUAUUUGUUCUCAAAGUCUUGUUACUUUCGGGCAAACUCUAUCCGAGGUCAAUUGUGAGGCCAUAACUGAAUAUCAACAAUUCCACUCAUCCAGUCUUGCAGCUCUGAAUCAAGCGAACGAAUCUCUUGGUACUCUCUCCACCGAACACGAUCAAUUGCAACAAAGUGUUGACUUAUGCCUCAAUCAUUUAUGCAAGCAAGCUGCAGCUUUCUCCACUGAAGGUCUCGGGGCAGUGUUACGUUUCAGAGCCAGUCAGUGGAAGAAGCCGUGUGCGGAUCCAGAUGAAUCAAACACUGAACAUGCGUCAUCCAAGCUGAGUGAAUUCGUGGGUACUAUAGCAAGCGGAAUGACCGCUCUUUCCGAAACAACAACCGCGAAAGCUCUAGGUGUGGAAAAUAUGGCUGGGGAUGUAUCCUACGAUACCACCUUAGAUUUUUCGAAGAUCAAAAACAGUCUGGACACCGUUCCAGAGGAUCUGGAUGAACAGUUGAAAACCGAUUUCCAGUGCUAUUUACCUACGGGUCGAACGCCACAGCCGAAGACGUUCAGCUAUCCGGAGAACCUCGUCCAAACUGCUCCGCAUAACCAAUUACGCCGCGUGUUUCGAGAAGUGCAGCUUGAGAAGGGGCUGGAACAACUCGCACUGACCCCACUUCCACGCGAUUCUUUCGAAGGGAAGAGAAUUGGUGGUAGUCCUGUCAAUCUGAAUGAGUUCCAGGAAAUCUUCGAUUCGCCUCCUUCGAAAAGCGACCCCGGUAGCACUAGUGGUGUGGGCUCUGAAUCCGCAUUUUCCGAGUUGCUUACCGACCAGCCCGAUCAUAAGAACGCGCGAAUUGGAGAUUUUCCUGAUGAAAAAGUUUCUUCUGCCAUACACUCAAAUCUAAUUAAAUCGGAUCCUCCCACUCCAGUUGUUCAACGUCCCAAGCCACGAAAGAAGGCUGUCGAAUUGAAGAAGUAGGGCUCCCACACCGUCUCUCUAUCUGCAUCUACCCACUUUUUGUCCGCUUGGUGUCCUCUACUUGAACCUAUUUUCGAUCCCAUUUCCUCUAUUCUAAUUGCUUCUUAGAUGUUUUAAUCUAAACACUUAUGUACCACGUC